AUGAUCAAUCCUAUCCUCUUGGCAGCAAUCCUAGUUGGCGUGGCCCAAGCCACAAUCAUCUUCAAGCCCCAAAUUCCGGUGACGCCGGCCACCAAGUGCCAGAUCUACUGGCGGGAGUACGCCUGGGCUCUCGAGGAUUGUGUGUGCCGGGUCUUCCAGAACGGUUGUCUUCUGGCCGAGGAGAGCCAACAGCGGGAAAGGGCUGGAAAGACCCCGCUGAUACCGGUCACUAAAGGGGUGUGCCAGAAGUUCAUCAAGCGCAAGUGCUUCCUUGGAUGGCCUGUUCUGGCCAAGUUCCCCAUUCCGUCGCCUUGCGGUCUCAAUGGCAAGCAGGGCAGUCUGGAAAUAAAGAAGUUUAAAAGUCUGUGCGAGUUGCAGAAGUACUCAGCUGAGCGUAACAAACCCUACAUCAGCUACUCAAAGUGUUAA